AUGAAUAACAGUAGCAGCAGCGACAAUUUACCUCCUGGUGGUGGUAGCAACGGGAUGGGUCGUCCUGGUUGUGGUAGCAAUGGGAUGGGUCCUCCUGGUGGUGGUGGAAUGGGUCCUACACCAGACUUCGGUUCAGUCCCGAUAACAUCUAUCCAACGAAACUUGGCUUUCUACGGUUACAUUUUUCUAUUCUUGUUUGGCUUUUUCGGUCACGCAGCAAGUACGUCCAUAUUCCUUCGUCGAAGCCUUCGUAGCAUUUCAACGAGUUGUCUGUUCUUAUGUAUGGCUGGGUCUGAUACAAUUUAUUUAUCAACGUGUAUCUACGAUUUUCUUUUUCUUGGUCUUGGCGUUCCCACAACAAAUAUCGAUCUUAUGAAUUCAUUAUGUCGUUUUCGUUCAUUUGUUCAAUAUUUUUCUAUGUGCUGUUCAGCUUGGCUUCUAUUCUCAAUUACAAUCGAUCGAUGGCUUCGAGUUCAAUUCCCUUUUCGAGUCAAAGAAUUAUGCACGAUAAAAAGAGCACUUAUCGGUGCAUUCAUUAUUUUCAUGUGUUCAAUUGCGCUCAAUUCCCAUUUACAACUACCAUCACUAGGUGUUGUACCUGGUGCAAUCGCAUGUGCUCCUGGUUCUACCUCAAAUUCUACCUACCAAUACUUCUACACGGAAGUAUGCUUCUCUAUAUAA